CGGAAGUAAGUGAUGCAAUCAUCUUAAACGAGGUUCCAUAUAUACGGUGGUGGUUGGAGUUUUGUGUAGCACACAUCCACAAACAACCAGCUGUGGAACAUAAAGCAGCUCAGACUGGGCUCUGGAUUCUCCUUACUGCUGUUACAUAGAGGACAGCUGUCAACAUCUUCUGCACAGGCUCUGAAUCUCAGUGACAAAAAGAAUGAAGGCCAUCAUUAUAACACUUUGUCUGAUUGGAGCAGCCUUUGCUAACCCAAUUUUGGUCUCCACUGAGCUUGAUUCAAACUCAACAGAAAGUUUGUCUGUUUCUGAAUCAGCUGAAAAUAACACCUCAGAGAUUCAGAGCUCUGAGGAGAACGUCUCAAAUCAUAGUUCAGAGUCUGAAUCUGAGUCUGUAGAGUCUGCUUCAGAAGACACGACUUCUGAGGAGAGUGACAGUCAGUCAGAUGAGGAUGACAGGAUGGACUCCAUGCCUGAAACCCAGGAUGACAGUAUGGGCAGUCAGGAGAAUGUUCGAAAGCAGAGUUGGGUGAGCGUGUACCCUAAUGUUGCCAAAGCUCUGAGCGCAGAGGACAACACCAGCACAGAGAGCCACGAGACGAACAAAAAACACCCAGUGACCCACAAGACAGGUCAGGGACACACAAACCAGGCACUGCUGGACACCACCAGUGACAGCGCGGACAUUUCAGCCGCCGCCAGCAACAGCAGCGAGAGCGCAAGCAGCGAAAGCCACGAGAGCAACGAGACCAGCAGCGAGAGCACAGAGGACAGUAACGGCAGCGACAGCAAUGAACUGCAACAAAUCCGAACCAAAGAAUGUGUGAACGGCACACAGAGCUGUGAAAGCGAGGAGAACUUCCAGAGCAUAGGAGAUGAUGCUCACUUCUCUGUGGACAAUCUGACAGUGCCAGAUGAGGAUGACAGGGAGUUAAGACUAAGGAGAUAAUUCAUGCUGUCAUUAGGGAGCACUAAUUAAUGAACAACUUGAAGACUUAAAGAUGUUCACUUCUAAUCAUUAAUGUUAGCUACCUGCAGCUGACCGACUCUUGUGGAAAUCACUGUCAUGAUAUAACCUAAGCUUUAAUUCCACUUUGAUAACAAUAUAUAAAAAUAAAUUAUAAAUGCUGGUUCAGUUAUUGUAUUCAGGGCUUUUCUGUUAUUAAAUAAUUAAACAUGCUUGUUGUUAUAUUGUACAUUCUGGAAAUAUUAAUACAGAUGAAAUCCUGUUUUUGAAACUUUGCACUGUCCAAUAAAAUUUCAAAAUACAUAUUUUUUCUGCUCACUUA